GUUAUUUUGGCAUCCAGAAUCAGAAAGUCUCUGAUAGGCAGUAAACAAUAAUUUCAACUACGUGGCAUGGGUGACGGUGUAAUCAACAAUUAGGAGUGAUAAGUGCAGGCGUCAGUGCCAUUCUGUAGAGAAUACUGAGUGCCGCGGGGGAUGAUUGUUUAGCUGGAUUGUUGGAGUCAUUCGAAACAACAAAUGCCGGAGAAGAGGAAGAAAAUGGGAACUUUGCGGGCGCUUAUUCUUGUAGGGGGCUAUGGGACGAGAUUACGCCCUUUGACACUCAGCAGACCAAAGCCACUCGUGGAGUUCGCGAAUAAACCUAUGUUGUUACAUCAGUUUGAGGCUCUGGUUGCAUCAAACGUGACUGAGAUUAUUCUGGCAGUCUCUUAUCGCGCUGAGCAGAUGGAGAAAGAGUUGUCAGCGGAGGCUGAAAAAUUGGGAGUCAAUCUCAUUUUCUCCCACGAGAAAGAGCCGCUAGGUACGGCUGGUCCACUAGCUCUCGCAAAAGACAUAUUAUCCAACACUGACGAGCCCUUUUUCGUCCUCAACUCAGACAUCAUCUGUGAUUUCCCAUUCAAACAGUUGUUGCAAUUUCACAAAUCACACGGGGGUGAGGGAACAAUUGUCGUAACAAAAGUAGAGGAGCCAUCCAAAUAUGGGGUUGUUCUUUACAACAAAGAGGGAAGGAUUGAGAGCUUCAUUGAAAAGCCACAGGAAUUCGUCUCUAAUAAAAUUAACGCAGGAAUUUAUAUAUUCAAUCCCAGCAUACUAAACAGAAUUCAGCUGAAACCAACGAGUAUCGAGAAAGAGGUGUUUCCAGGGAUGGCCAGCGACAAUGCUCUGUACGCCAUGGAGCUCCCGGGUUUCUGGAUGGACGUGGGUCAGCCCAAAGACUUCCUCAAAGGUAUGUGCCUGUACUUGACCUCACUGAGGCAGAAACAACCCGAGAAGUUGUACUCUGGUGAAGGAGUUGUUGGCAAUGUCCUUGUGGAUCCAACAGCAGUGAUUGGGAAAAAUUGUAGGAUUGGCCCUAAUGUUACUAUUGGUCCUGGGGUGGUUUUGGCUGACGGAUGUUGUGUUAAACGCUGCACUAUCCUCAAAUCAGCUACGAUCAGAGAACACAGUUGGCUUGAUGGAUGCAUCGUGGGGUGGAGAUGUGUGGUGGGUCGUUGGGUACGAAUGGAAGGCACAACAGUUCUCGGUGAAGAUGUUAUUGUCCAGGACGAGUUGUACAUUAACGGCGGACAAGUCUUACCCCACAAAAGUAUCGCCACUUCCGUCCCUGAGCCUCAGGUCAUCAUGUGACUCUAUUCAUUCCUGAAAAAUACAUUGGACAUUUUCUUGAUUGAAAGAAAUUCACUCUGAUGAAACUACCAUAAAAUACAAUAUUUAUAAUAUGACAGGAGAACCUCCACAGAUAUUGUAUUAUAAUAUCUUGCAGUAUAUUUUUUAAUAUUAUUUUUUUCAAUAUUAUCGUGCGCAAAAGAACUGCAAUCGGUUUUUAUAAUACAUUUUCAUGGAGAUAGCUUAUAAAAAUUUAUACAACCGUUAUAAGGUAAUAUUUUACUUCUGCGGGUAUAAAGAAUAAAUUUUUUUGUAACACCCGCCAGAAUCUGUAAUAUUCCGUAAAUUUAACCGUUUGUAAAUAA